AUGGAGGAGUUGCAAUCUGCUCUGAAUGCUCACAUGGAUCAAAUGGCAGAUCUAGUGGAAAAAUUGACGGCUGAACUCCGCUCUGGACUCAACCCUGCUUAUGAAAAUUUAAUGGGCUUCUUCCAUGCCAUUGAUUGGAAGGAACCUUGGUUGAUAUGUCUUCUUUCCUUCCAUGUGGCUUUGCUUCUACUAACUCUAGUGUCUAGGAAGAAUAUCAACUUUCAGAUGUGCUUGUUCCUUCUUGCACUGGGAGGAGUGUAUCUUGCUGAAAGGCUUAAUAGUUUCUUGGCUGGAAACUGGAAAAGCUUUGCAGGGCAAAAUUAUUUCGACCCGCGUGGACUUUUUCUCUCCGUACUCUGGUCCGGACCGCUGCUGGUGAUUGCAAUCAUAAUCCUGGUGAACACCUUAUUUUCACUUUGUCAUCUGAUUGUUAGAUGGAAAAGGGCUGAACUUAGACAUCGAACAAGACUAGCUCGGGGCAAAGAGGAGUGA